GUCACUGUGACGUUAAUUUAAUACUACUCCCAUUGAUUGCGUGAUUAAUUGUGUGAUUAAGCUGAGACAAUCAUAUUGUAAUAGGACCCGCAGUUCGGGGUGUAGGAGCACACAGAUUAAAACAGUAAAAGGAGCUCAGAAAUAACCUAAACCUUUAGUUCUCUUUCUUGCCUUGUAAAGUCUCCUACGACAACGUUACAUGGCGUCAGAAGUGGUACAACUCAGUCUGUUCAAUUGUGCGUUGGUACUCUACUAGUUUUUAAGUAUAUCGGGAUUUCCUCGCCGUAUUUUUGCCUGGGCUUCGAGUAUGGAAUAUGCCGGAUACCGAGGAUGAAAAUGUAGCUGCUUCUCAUCCCCAGUUUAUACAAUCCAGUACACCUUUGCCGGGAAAACUCGAACUCAAGGGGAACCUUGGCUCAAACUGGAAAAGGUUCAAGCGUGUGUGGGAUAACUACGAGAUCGCCUCUCGUCUUAAUACUCAGAGUAAAGCUCUCCGCGUCGCUACGUUGUUGACAUGCAUUGGGCCAGAUGUUUUAGAUAUCUACGAUGGGUUGCCGUUUGAAUCCGAAGCCGAUCAGAAGGAUAUCGAUAAGGUUCUAAAGUUAUUAGAGGCAUACUGCAUCGGCGAAACUAAUGAAACCUACGAACGGUAUGUGUUCAAUAAACGAGAGCAAGAUCAAGGUGAGUCUUUUGAUUCAUACUUGACAUGUUUGCGCCCUCUAGCCAAAACAUGUAAUUUUGAUGGCUUGAUCCGGAACAAAAUCGUCCUGGGGAUCAACGAUAAUUCCACUAGAAAGAAUCUAUUAGCCGAAAGUAAACUUACUCUAGAGAAGUGCAUUAACAUCUGCAGAGCUAACGAAACUACCGCUAAGCAAUUUAAGGACAUAACGAGCGAAGAUAUUAGCGCAGUCGAAUCGUACCGCCGCCCCCAGCGCACCACAGGCGUCCCGCAGAAUAAAGGCCAGCGCGACACACAACACCCCACAAUCAAUUGCAAGUUUUGUUUAAAAAAAAAACACCAAAAAAAGAAGGAACUAUGUCCAGCCUGGAUGAAACAAUGCAACGAUUGUGGUACCGCCAAUCACUUCUCGGGCUCCUCGAUGUGCACGGCGAGUCCGAAGUUCGCACAAAAGCCGGGGCAAAAGCCCAGAAGUAGACCAGUGCAUGGGGUAGAAGAAUUUUCGGAUGAAAGUGAUGAUUAUUUUUUCUAUGUGGAAUCCGUAGGCGCAGUCAAUGCUGCGCAAUGUAAGCGUAAGAUUUUUGCUUCAAUGCAACUAAGAGAUGAGCAAGUUUAAUUUCAACUAGAUUGUGGCGCGACAGUUAAUAUUCUACCUGUAGACAAAUACGUCCAGAUAUUCAAUGACCCAUCGCACGCCAGAUUAAAGAAAACCAACAAAACCCUUCAAAUGUUUAAUAAGACUGAGUUGAAACCCAUAGGAACGGUGAAGAUCGAGAGUGUGAACCCAAAGAAUGAGGACGCAAUAUUACUCGAGCUUGUAGUAGUAGGCGCGCAAGCCAUCCAACAGUUUCAGCUCAUGACAAUUAACAGCGACAAUAUCCUGUCAGUCAAUGAGUUCCAAUCCACUCAGCAAGAUAUAGUUAGUGAGUUUGGCGAUGUUUUCGAAGGUGAUGGCGUUUUACAAGAAAAACUUCACCUUAAAGUCAACAAGACAGUAACGCCCGUGGCGUUGCCUGUCCGUAAAGUCCCAUUUGCGGUUAGAGAACCCUUUAAACGUGAACUGGACAGACUAGUAGAUAAGGGGAUAUUAGUGCCAGUCGAAGUCCCCACUGACUGGGUCUCUUCAAUGGUAGUGGCUGUGAAGCGUAACGGUAAGAUACGUUUGUGCAUUGAUCCCAAACCGCUGAACAAGGCUCUCAAGAGAAACCGAUACCCGCUACCUGUCAUCGACGACUUGCUAGCAAAGCUCACGAAUGCAAAGGUGUUUACUGUCGUUGAUGCAAAAAACGGUUUUUGGCAUGUCCAACUUGACGAAGAGAGUAGCUACCUCACCACGUUUGGUACCCCAUGGUCACGAUACCGAUGGACGCGCAUGCCAUUUGGAAUUUCCCCUGCCCCUGAAGAAUUCCAACGUCGACUAGACAACGCACUUCAAGGUCUAGACGGAGUAAUGCCCAUCUUUGAUGACAUACUGAUCUUUGGCGCCGGCGACACUGAAGCGGAAGCAAUAGCUGAUCAUGACGCGAAACUGAGAGCCCUACUUCAACGAUGCCGCUAGAAGGGUGUCAAGUUAAACAAAGAAAAGUUGAAGCUCCGUUGCAGCGAGGUAGACUUUAUGGGUCACGUGAUCCCCUCUGAUGGUCUAAAGCCUGACCCAGCAAAACUACAAGGUAUCAAGGAAAUGCCGCCGUCGACCUGCAAGCAAGAUGUGAAACGACUCCUCGGUAUGGUCAACUACCUACAACGUUUCGCGCCAAAUCUAUUCGAAGUCACAGCACCACUGAGAGAUCUACUCAAGGAAGACAACAUAUUCCAGUGGGAUUCCGUCCAGGAGCGCAGUUUCGAAGCAGUUAAGAAGAGAAUCUCUGAGACACCGGUCCUCAAGUUAUUUGACCCGACAGAUAGUGUUGAGCUUCAAUGUGAUGCAUCUGACAGAGGCUUGGGUGCUUGCCUGAUGCAACAUGGCCAGCCAGUGGCGUAUGCAUCACGCUCCAUGACGGAAACGGAGACACACUACGCGCAGAUUGAGAAGAGAUGUUGGCUAUCGUCUUCGGAGUGGAGAGGUUCGAGCAAUGUGUUUACGGCCGACAAGUGAAGGUACAAUCAGACCACAAGCCGCUUGAAAGUAUAUUUAAGAAGAGCCUGAUUAGCGCCCCUAAGCGACUCCAACGCAUGGUGCUGAGACUUCAAAAAUUUGACUUGGAAGUGAGCUAUAAGAAAGGUACAGAAAUGGUACUGGCCGACACUCUAAGCAGAGCAUAUAAGGUGCUACCAACAGGAGUAGCAGAAGAGAGAGGUGAAACCGAGAAAGAUACCGAGUCAAUUAACAUGGCACAAUACCUUGCAGUUUCAAGCCAGACGCAGGCAGAGAUCCAGCGCGCCACAGAAGCAGACGAUGUGGUGCGGGAGUUAAAGGCAGUGAUAAGGCAAGGCUGGCCUUUGGCGAAAGACGACCUACAAGUCUGUCUCAGGGACUACUUUCUUUUUAGAGAUGAGCUCACCCUACAAAACGGGCUUAUUUUCAAAGGUGAAAGACUCGUUAUGCCAACAUCUAUGAAAGACGAAAUGUUAGAGAAGCUGCACUCUAGCCACAUUGGUAUUCAAGGUUGCUUGAGGAGAGCUAGAGAGAGAGUAUCUACUGGCCAGGUAUGAAUAAGGCAGUCGAAGAUUACAUAGCAAGGUGUGACACAUGUAAUACAUACCAAGCGGAGCAAGGCAAAGAACCAAUGAUCUGCCACGAGAUACCAUCCCGACCAUGGGAAAAGGUAGGAUAGAUAUGUUUGAACUUGACAAUAAAGACUUUCUUGUUAGUGUUGACUAUUACUCAAGUUUCUUUAAAGUUGACCGGUUGGCCUCUAAGACUGCAAAAGAAGUAAUCGGAAAAAUUAAAGCACACUUCGCAAGGCACGGUAUACCAGACCAAGUGAUCACUGAUAAUGGUCAACCAUUUGCAUCGGGACAUUUUCUAGAGUUUUCAAACCACUACAGCUUCGAGCAUGUUACAAGUUCUCCGACUUACGCUCAAUCUAAUGGCAAAGUAGAAAAUGCCGUUAAAAUAGCCAAGAAGCUGAUGAGGAAAGCUUUCGAAUUAAAGAAUGACCCCUACAUGGCUCUGCUCGACUGGAGAAAUACUCCAUCAGAAUGUCUUAACUCAUCGCCAGUGCAGAGAAUCUUUGGUCGGAGAACCGAAACACUGUUGCCAACGUCGACUCGACUGCUUAACCCUAAGAUUCCAGAUAAUGUCGAGCAAAAGAUCAGUGGGCAGAAGGCUAAGCAAAGCUACUAUUAUAACAGAAGUGCAAAGGAGUUAAAGGAACUGAAGCCUGGUGAUGUUGUGCGCAUAGAGCCACCAAGAGGAAUUGGCAGAGGAAAAGCCUGGACUAAAGCACAUGUAGAAAGAAAGGUGGACGUAAGAUCGUACAAUGUACGCACUGAGGAUGGCAGAGUGUUCCGCAGAAACAGACGGCAUCUUCGCCGAACUCAAGAGGAUAUGAAGCCUCCAACGGAUGAACCGUUACAACCACCGCAAGAGCGACUUAUGCCUCCUUCUCCACCACAAGGGUUACCGCAGUCACUAACAAGCGAGACCCCAAGGGAGGUACAACAGGAGCAGCCCACAGCAACGCAAGAGACAGCUAGUGCCCCUGUCGUCACGCGAAGUGGAAGGGUUGUGAAGCCUCCCGUUCGAUUCCAGUAAUUGUCAUCAGAACUUUGAAAGUUUUUUAUUUGUAUAUAGCAUUUAUUCGAGUUUUGUUAUGGAGAGGGAGAUGUGACGUUAAUUGUAAUACUACUCCCAUUGAUUGCGUGAUUAAUUGUGUGAUUAAGCUGAGACAAUCAUAUUGUAAUAGGACCCGCAGUUCGGGGUGUAGGAGCUCACAGAUUAAAACAGUAAAAGGAGCUCAGAAAUAACCUAAACCUUUAGUUCUCUUUCUUGCCUUGUAAAGUCUCCUACGACAACGUUACAGUCACCACCCCGAGGGGGUUACUCCCUAUAUCCAUCGGACGGGGAUCAUCGUCGUAUCUUUUAGGGUGUAAAUUUGGAGCCUUGGGUAUCUUUUAGGGGUGAAAAUAAGAAUGACCAGAUUUUUGUUUACCUCGCUAUAUUUUAGGGUGCUAUAAUAGCCAUCGCUUCUAACUUGUAGCUCAUGAAAGAGCGUUAAAACGUGUCAAUUGGUGUUUUUAGAUCACUAACCGGCUAAAAAAUCACACAACCCACGGGACGAUAAUUGAUUCUUACUUUAUGCUAGUAUUCUUCCAUAAAAAUUUAAUAAAUUCAAUCCAACGUGAUGUA